CAUUAGUGGUCAUUUUAAAGCUACGCAACACUGGCAUAGGAAAGAAAACAAGUAUGUAAUGAGAAAAAUCACAUGAAUUUGGGGACUGUGUUUAAACACUCAUACACAAUGACUGGACUCGGAACAUAAGGAGAUAAGUCUGAAGGAAAACUGGGAGAUUCCCCAGUUCAUUUUUUGAAAAUGCCCACUUGCUACAGAGUUGCCUUAUUCUGCUUUUUAGUUACAAUACCCAUCAGCUGUGCUCAGUCAACAAAACUAACAACAAUAUCUAUGAUUUCAAUAAUAAAUACAACUAUGAGUGUCUGGAUAAGUGAUUCUUUUGAUACAGUAAGUACACCAUCCUUCAACAAUAGCAAACCUAACACAACCAUCAGUGUAACAAACCAACAACUAAAAAUAAACUCCAAAACAACAGAAGAGACAAAUUUUAUAACUACAAUAACAACUGGGAGCACUCACCUUACCACAACAGGGCAUCAAACAACUAUAGACUCAAACUCAACUACUUCUGUGAAUACAACCAAUACAACAGUGUUGACAACUCAAACAACAACCAAGGAUAGCCCAAUAACAACCACUGAGAUGCCAUCUACAGAAGUGCCCAGCAAUCAGUCCACAGUAUCGGCUUUCACAAACAGCUCCUUUCACAGCUCUGCUACGCCUUUGACAACUUCAAACAACUUUUCAAGCACAACAGAAAACAGUACAUCAAUCUCUACUGUGACACCAACUACUUUAGAAACAAAUCACACUUUUUUGACAACAAUUACUUCAGGAGGAAAUCACACCAGCUUCACAAUGACUACAGUAAGUAGUAAUCACACAGAACUGACACCCACUACCUCAAGGGGAAAUUACAGCACUUUGACAACUACAUCUUCAGGAGGAAAUGACACCACCACAGCUUUUAACUCAACAACAAGCUCUUCAAGUACAUCCAAGACCACGGUUAAAAAUACAACGGUAUUGCAGACCUCUUCACUUAUUCCGACAACAUCCAAUGCCUCCCUUUCUGACAGAGGUGAUGGUCAAGAUGUUCAAGGACAGCCCCAAAAUGGCAAUGAAAGUGUGGUCAUUGGUGCUAUUAUUGGUGUAGUUCUAGGAACAUUAUUGGUUAUGCUUGGUACCUUCUAUUUAUGUAAAAAGGCAAAGCCUGAUUCAUUCAACCAUCGUCGCCUCUAUGAAGACAUCUCUGAUGAUCCAGUGCUCAGACUGGAUAACUCACCUGAUGCAUUGGACUUGAGAUAUGAUGGUUCAGCCUACUACAACCCAACUGUCACAGCUGACUCAAUCCAAAUGGACAACAUCGGCCCACAGUGGCCUUCUGCAUAACCAAUAUAAGCUUAAUAAGAGUCAUGGACAGCAAAAGCUAUCUGAAGCUGGCUAUCUGCAAUAGUAACGUGUGAUGUAUGCUGCCUUUAAGUUACUUUGUGCCAAAACAUUGCCAAUGCCAGGAUGCCCAUUUCCCAAACACUCUUCAGUCCAGAGCUGGUAGCAGAAAUAUAUGUCCCUUCACCCACAGAAAAUGCAAACUCCCAAAGAAACAAUAAGACUCUGAAACACAGAAGAGCAGGAAAGGUGAUCCUGGUCUAACGUGGAUCAGUGAGUGCGGGCUUGACUGAGACUUGUGCUGACUUCUAAGUGAAUUCCUUGACAAUCUUCCUUUAGAGCUUGAAGACAUGGCUAUUGAACUUAGCUCAUAAAUUCGUAUUUUAUCAUUUGAAAUACAAACCAGUGUUUAAGGCUGCAAAUAUAAAUUGAUUUUUGGUUGAAAAAUAAUUCUAUAGAAUUUUAACAGAAACAAGUUAUGUAAAUAUUGUACAAAUGUUCAUGGCAAUGUAGAAUUUAAAGUAAAUAAAGUUUGUAACUAAUAGGCUUCUCUUUUCACACAAUUAUCCUCUUGUUGCCAUUACAGCAAUACAUUUAAAUACUAUUUUCACAUUUCGGUACCAUCUUUACCUGAUGGUUGCUAAAGAGUGAAAACUUUUUUUAUACAAAAAAGUAUGACUGAUAAUUCACCAAAUUUUACAUAAUUUAGCACAGAAUUUACCAAGCUGCUUAGACAAAUACCAGCAUGUAUAUCAUAUUUGGUUUUCAGUUUAAUUUUUGGCAUUAGUGAAAUAAGGUUUGACAUGUCAUAUGGGUGCUUUUAAACAGAAAGAGAAAAGGAAGAAAACAAACAAAACAUAUACACUCAUGUGCAUUCAUUAAAGCACAAUUUUAGAGCUACCCAAACCCAAACUACCUCCACAAACACAGAGAGAGAGAGUGAGAAUGUGCAAAUUCCACAUAGUCAGCAUGCUGUUUUUUUGGGGGGGGGGAAUGCUGUGACGCAGUAGCACUAAUCACUGCACUACCUGCUAUGAUUAGAUUAAAUUAACAAUGCACAUAGUAGUCCAAAAUGAUUUUAUUGAGCAAUUCUAAAUAAGGCUGAAUACAAACAUAUACUACACUAGACAACAGCUUUAAAAUAGAUUGGGCUUUAGAGAUUGUUUGAGUGCAGGCUUAGAGCACUAUUACAAUUUCACAUGUAAAAUGCAAUUAUCACUUUACAAGUUACUAAUUACAUAAUGCAUACUCAUAAAGAUACAGAUUAGUUUACACACACAGUGAAACAAAGCAGUUCCAAACUGAUUAAAAUGCAUGGAACCUACCAAUAUGUAACACAUAGGAGAGUAAAACAAAAAUUAAAGUCAGCAGCAUCCCUGGAGAAAAUAAACCUCUGGAGGGUCCACAGUCAGUUAUGACAGAUAAAGUCAGAAGAAAAAGUCAGGCACAGUCCUGGAGACCUCAGCCAACUGGCCAGUCACCCCUUCCUAUAAAUUCUAAAGUAUAUUUAUGCUGGGCCCUCUAAUAUUACAAAAAUAUAAUAAACCAUAAGGAAUGCUAAAGAAUUAUUGACUACAUUUCUUUGGAAUACUAAAUCCAGUCUCAAACAAUAACACCUGACAUACUGCAUCUACUUUAUCAUAAAAUGUUUUUCUUGCCCAGAGUACAAUGACAAAACUAGCCUGUUUCACUAUUUUAGGCACUGUUGAAAGUAAUUGCAAAAUACAAGGAACUAAAUCUCUGCACAUUUUCAACCAAUAAUUGCCUGAUAUAGAUUUAAGUUUACAUACAUUAGUCUUCUUAAUAAAUAUGGCAUUGACCACAUUUACAAAUAUGCAAGUCCUCUCCCUUGUGCCUCUUCAAACACUGAAUUGAACUUUAAGUCCCUUCUCAAAGCUGGUGCAAUGAUAAUUGGUAAACACUGUAAUUGAUAUCUAAAACAUUUAUACUAUUCAUUAAUAAUACACAAAUCUUAAUUCAUGUAUUAGGAUUACUUUGCUAGAUAACAGAAAAUAUGGAUUGUUUUAACAUAUUUUAAUGACAAACAAUAAUAAUUCCUUCAUUUUAAUGUUAGCUGAGCAUUUCACACAAAGCCUUCCAAUAAGUCAAUUUUCCAUUUUAGAAAACUAUGAAAAUAUCCUUGAACAGAAGUGGAAUGUAACCCACACAGCAACUAUGAUAUUUUUCUUGAAACUGAAGAGUAAGUCAAGCUCACAGUUAAUGAUGAAAUCUGUGAAGAGGCAAAAGCACACAGCUAUACUUUCCUUCUGAUUUUAAUAGGGCCAUAGACUAAAUGUGUUCUAAUCUAAUGUUACUGCUUUUCUUGUUAGAACAUCUGUGAAAUAAUGGUGCAGCCACACAAGUGGUUCUAUCAAUUGAAAAAAAUCCCAUCAUCUUUAAAAGUGAACUCUUUCAAGGCAACUGAAUCUAAUAGUUUCAAAUGUGCUACUUAAUUAUAAUAAGUGUUUGUCUAGAAAAGUCAUGAAAAUCAUCUUGUUUAUUUUCACGUUUGCUUGAUGUUCUUGGUUACUUUGGAGUAGUGACGAAUGAAACACGGAUGUUUAAAUUUGCAUGUUGUUUUGCAAAAUUGAAACUUUUCUUAAAAAAUGUGACAUGCUGCAUACCAAAGUGCACCAUCAAGCUCAUUACUGGUCAUCCAUAGUAAAACUUAAAGUCAUUACAUGGAAGGCAUCUUGCUUUCCCUUCAGCCAUUACCUGGCAGCUCUCCCUUCUUACUUCUUGAUUCCUGCAGGUGCACACUUGCAUGCUCCAUUCCACAUGGGCUUGGUGUUUCAUAUCUGUCUCCAAUUCAUCUUUGGACUUUGAAAACUGUCAUCACAAGUGGCACAGUGAGCAUCCACUUACUAGUAUAAAACACAACAUAUGUCUGAUGGUCCAUACAUGACAGAUAAUAAGUCCAGAGUUGCUGCUUUUUUUUAAUUUCCCUGGAGUUCUUUUUUUAAAAACUAAAUGACAGUCAAACAUAUGUGGAGUUAGUACAUUAAAACAGUUCCAGAGUGGAAAUAAACACCUUUUUUGUGUCAAUGGCAUGAAUUUCACAGGAAAGGAAGCUCAAUUUGUUUAGCAAAUUUUUUGCAAAUCAUUUCACUUAUCAAUACUAUGGAGUAAUGAAACUUUCAUUAAUCUAUUUAUUAUAACCUUGUGCUAGAUUUCAGUAAGCUUGUGGCCUGUAAAAAUGAAAUCUUAAGAGUUUUAGUACAGAUAUUUGUGAGUAUGCAAGUUAUCACAUUGAAGUGGUUGGAGAUGAUCUAAAUAUGACAAACAGUAAGAUUCAAAUGUCAAUUGUGAAGUACAGGCUGUAAAUGGCUUUAUGGAAGUGAAGUAGGAUUUGACAAGCUUUUCUCACUCCUAGCUUGGUAAUAAAUGAUGUUAUGGUGUUUAUAAAAUUCCAUCUGAUUAAGGUGUGAGACACCAUGUUUAAAAAUAAAAUAUAUUCACAAAUAUUAAAUGUGUAAAUUAAAGCCUUGGUUUGAUCAAAUUGAAUUAUUUUAUAUUAAACUUAACACUCACCCAACAAUCAGUAACUGCUAUAAAAAGAAUUCAGAAGUAUUACAAAUGAAGGGAACUGAUGAAAAUUAUCACCGACCUACACAGAUGAACACAUACACCUAGUUUUUACACAUUAAAAUGUAUCCAAGUAAAUGUGAGUUAAUUUUGAUUUUAAUUGAAAUUUUCAUGACUAAGAUCCUUCAGUUGACUGUGCCCUUAAAAUGCGAUUAAAUGGUAAAAUGCAGAUUUAACUUUAAAUUGAUCUUUUACAGCUCUCUCUGAUGCUCAUAUUUUUAACUAAAAUGUGUGAAAAUACAAAAUAUAUGUAUUUUCAGUUAUUUAUUGUUGAUUACAUGAAUAAAGUAUUACAAUUAUAUUCAA